AUGUCCAAUAAGUUAUUUAGACUAGACGCAGGCUACCAACAAUACGAUUGGGGUAAGAUCGGCUCCUCUUCAGCUGUUGCUCAAUUCGCUGCCCACUCUGACCCUUCUGUUCAAAUUGAACAAGACAAACCGUAUGCAGAGCUAUGGAUGGGUACCCACAGCAAGAUGCCAUCCUACAACCAUGAGUCUAAGGAAUCCUUGAGAGAUAUCAUCUCUAAAAACCCUUCUACCAUGUUAGGCAAGGAUAUCAUUGAUAAGUUCCAUGCCACGAAUGAGUUGCCCUUCCUUUUCAAAGUUUUGUCCAUUGGAAAAGUCUUGUCCAUUCAAGCGCAUCCCGACAAGGCUUUGGGUAAAACAUUGCACGCUCAGGAUCCUAAGAACUAUCCUGACGAUAAUCACAAGCCUGAAAUGGCUAUCGCUGUCACUGACUUUGAAGGUUUUUGUGGGUUCAAGCCUUUGCAAGAGAUUGCAGAUGAGUUGAAACGUAUCCCAGAAUUGCGCAACAUUGUUGGUGAAGAAACUUCCAGGAAUUUCAUUGAUAACGUUCAACCCUCUGCUCAGAAAGGUUCACCAGAGGAUGAAGAAAACAAAAAGCUAUUGCAAGCUGUUUUCAGUAAAGUCAUGAACGCUUCUGAUGAUGAAAUCAAGACUCAAGCUCGCUCCUUGGUCGAAAGAUCAAAGAAUUCUCCAUCGGAUUUUAACAAAACAGAUUUACCAGAACUAAUUCAAAGACUGAAUGAACAGUUCCCUGAUGACGUGGGUUUGUUUUGUGGAUGUUUGUUGUUGAAUCAUUGCAGAUUGAAUGCUGGUGAAGCCAUCUUUUUAAGAGCCAAAGAUCCUCAUGCCUAUAUUAGCGGUGAUAUUAUAGAAUGUAUGGCUGCUUCCGACAACGUAGUUAGAGCAGGCUUCACUCCAAAAUUCAAGGAUGUCAAAAACUUGGUCUCCAUGUUAACCUAUACAUAUGAUCCUGUGGACAAGCAAAAAAUGCAGCCUUUAAAGUUCGAUAGAUCUUCUGGUAAUGGGAAGUCAAUAUUAUAUAACCCUCCAAUCGAAGAAUUUGCUGUAUUGGAAACUACUUUUGAUGAAAAACUUGGUCAAAGGCAUUUUGAAGGCGUUGAUGGUCCAAGCAUCUUGAUCACUACAAAGGGUAAUGGUUACAUCAAAGCAGAUGGCCAAAAAUUAAAGGCUGAACCCGGCUUUGUCUUUUUCAUUGCUCCACAUUUGCCUGUUGAUUUGGAAGCUGAAGAUGAGGCUUUUACUACUUAUAGAGCCUUUGUGGAGCCAAAUUAG